AUGUCCUCAAAGAAGACAUUCGAGAUUUCGCUCAAGCCACCCAUCACUCGUGAGCUCAAGAAGAAGGUCGAGACUGACGGCGAGAACGACCGCACCGUCAAGUCUACCACCCAGCUUCUCUUUGAGACCUCUCUGCUCGUCUCCGGCUUCACCAUUGAAGAGCCCGCCAGCUUUACCGAGCGCAUUCACAAGCUUGUGUCCCUUGGUCCGAAUGUCAAUGAAAAAGCAGAGACUGCCGAGGAGAAGGCCGCUGAAGAGGCCCCUGCAGCUGAGGGAGCUGGCGAGAGCGCCAUAUACUCGUGA